CACACACACGGCUCUGGGGAGAUGAGGUGUUUUUUUCCUGUGGGUUAUAAAUGAGUUUCCCGUGGAUUAAAUGAGAAGCAGCUCAGGAGCGCGUCGUCUCCGGGACCUGCUUCACCAAACUGCACUACGAGUCCUGAACAAUCCGAGCGUUUAUUCAUUGAUUUAUUACUGAUUUAAGUCUUAAAAUGAUCACAGCACAUAGCGGACAUUUUCUACACCUGGAUUGUCUCCAGCCGCUGGCUUCAUCAGAGUCUUUCAGCCACAUUGAGCUGGACGCCACAAAGAGUCCACUGGCUCUCCUGGCACAAACGUGUUCGCAAAUCGGAAAAUCAGACCCGUUUUCUUCCACCAACUCAUCGAACGACUCUGGACCUCUGAAGGUCUGCAACAUCAGCUGUUAUUCCAAAUCAGCAGAGAAGAAAAAUUCAGACCCUUUAACUGACGGUCGGUGUGUUUUGAGGACACAGAGCUCCAGCUGCAGACCAUUUGCCGUAUGUUGUCCUAAAAUUCAGGAUGACGAUGCGAAGAACGACAGCGAUGGCGUUAAAAGUUCGAGUGAAACGUCCGAGGCGAUCAGAAGUGGAAGUUCGGAGAUUAACAGAAAAACAAAACCGGCGCCUGAAAGAAAGUCCUCGUCGUCCGAGACGUCAGUAGCAUUUUCACCUCCUUCCAGUCACGGACUGGGUUUUCCAACAUUUCCCACACUUCCUCUUCCGCCGUUUCCAAGAAGCUGUGCGAGUUUCCCUCAGCCGGUUUUACCCGCAUUGAACAACACACCAGGGACAUCCAUCAUUUCCACUGGUCCGUGUGGAGACCCGUACUGCCUCGGCUAUCACUGCGCUGCGUCUCUAAAAUCCACCUUCCCUCUUCUGUACCCUUCUCACGUGCUUCCUUCUUCCUCCACGUCUGCGUUUACGAUAUUUCCACACGGGUUGAUGCAUCCUCACGAGCUCCAGUCAAGUGUUUUUAACAGUGUUUCGGCUAAUUCCUCCGAGACCAACCUUUCUUCCUCAGUGGGUUCUCAUAUGCACAUAGCGCCGACUCUCAGGAACCCACAUCACACACUCGGACUUGGCACUCGGUAUCACCCGUACUUCAAAAACCCUUUUCCAAUACCUUCAAACUCAUAUUAUUCUCUACAUGGACUUUAUGGACAAAGGAUCCAUCUAGCACCCAAAGGGGAACCUAAAGGUUCUGUGUAGAACCCUACAACAGAAGGUGUCCAUUUAUAAUUGUAUUUUUAAUAGGAAGUUUAAAAAGCCAUAAAUCAGACCUCUGUGGAACCAUUUAAAAAAAGGUCAAAUUAGCAUAUUAUGUUAUAUAAAAUGUAAUAAAAUAUAAUACUGCAAAGAAAUAAAAGUGUAACCUUAGCAUGGCCACUUUUAAAAUAUGUUUCAGGUCUACAAAUAAAUGUUUUAAAGGCAUCAAGUUUCACCUGCUGACUUUUUUUCUUCUGUUGUCCUGCAUCGAACUGGUUUGAGGACUCAAAUGUAAAGACAGAAAUGAGAACAGAGACUGUAGGGCAGUAAAAGGUUCACCUGAGGAUCAGGUGAUGGACAAUCAGGACAAGUGGAAAUAUAGAAGUUAAGGAAAAAACAAACAAA